UUCACCAUCAAGAUUCGCCAAGAAGAAGAGAGGAGAAGAAGACCUCAAGCUGCCAAGUGGAGAACAUUCGAGCAAGCAGCGGCAGAGAUACCUCGCGCGCGCAAGCUUUCCUUCCCAGCUAGCUAGCGAGCCAUGGCGGCGCUGGCUCACCAGGUGGGCGCCAACCAGCCGCCGCUGCUCUCAUCCCCGGCCCGCCUCCCACGGAGCAGCAAUGCGAGGCUGCUGGUGCUCCCGGCGGCGGCCGCGUCCCUCGGCGGACGCGGCGUGAGGCUGGGCGCGCGGAGGGCCGCCGCCGUCGUCGUCCGGGCGUCGUCGGAGGCGAAGGCGGAGGCGGAGACCAAGACGGAGGGCGGCGGAGGCGAGGAGGAGGAGGAGCGCCCGUACGAGGAGUACGAGAUCACGAUCGAGAAGCCGUACGGGCUCAAGUUCGCCAAGGGCCGCGACGGGGGCACAUACAUCCAGGCCAUCUUCCCCGGCGGCGCCGCCGAGAAGACCGGCCAGUUCACCGUCGGCGACAAGGUGCUCGCCACCAGCGCCGUCUUCGGGGAUGAAAUCUGGCCGGCGGCAGGGUACGGCCAAACCAUGUACAGCAUCCGUCAGAGGUCCGGCCCUCUAUACAUGAAGAUGGAGAGAAGGUUUGGUAAGUGGGAUGGUGCUGGUGAGCUCUCCGAGAAGGAGAUCAUAAGAGCUGAGAGGAACUCUGGAGUGGUCAGCGGCAGGGUGAGGGAGAUCCAGUUGCAAAACUACCAGAGGAAGAUGGAGCAGAAGAUGCAGAGGGAAGAGGACCUCCGCACGGGGCUCAGGCUGUACAAGGAUGGGAAGUAUGAGGAGGCAUUGGAGAAGUUCGAGUCAGUUUUGGGAUCGAAACCGGAGAGCAAUGAGGCUUCCAUUGCCAGCUACAAUGUUGCCUGCUGCUACUCCAAACUCGACCGGAUACAAGCAGGGCUUUCUGCAUUGGAAGACGCCCUGAAAGCAGGAUAUGAAGACUAUAAGCGAAUCCGCACCGACCCGGAUCUCGAAAACUUGAGGAAAUCGGAGCAAUUCGAUCCCCUGAUGAAGAACUACGACGAGUCGUUCAUCAACGAGAACGCCCUCAAUGCCAUCAAAUCCUUGUUCAGAUUCGGCAAGAACUGAGCAACUGAAACAUGGUAGCAGCAGCAGGCAAUGCCACUCUUGUCUGGUCUUGCAGAGCCUACUGUGCUAAGCUCAUGCCCGUACAGUUCGUUCCCCUCUCCAGUAGGUUGCGGUUCACACCUGUAGCUUAGCAAUUCUUGGUGAGACAUGUACUUAACCAUUUGAUGAAGAUACAGUAUGUAAUUCCAAAUGACGCAUCUGCGUGUGUAAAGGCAAAUGUGCAGUAGCUGUGCUUGUUAAGGUAUGCCAAAUAUGUUAAGCAUGAACCAAAAGGCGAAUAUAUUUUUCGAUGAACGCAUGAAACGACUAUUGACAA